GCUCUUUCCGCUCAACUCAUUGGUGGUGAGGUCGCCCAGCCGGUAGCCAGGGAGCCCUCGGCUGUGGAGCCGACGCGCGAUCCCGGAGCUCCCCCCGAGCAGAAGGAGCGGCUCGGAGCGUGCCCGAGUGCUCGUGGGACGGGAGCCGGCAGUGUCUGUGAGCCGGCGUAACUGGCCAAGUGGGCGGGCUCCUCCCCAGCAGUCCAGCCGGACUCUGCUGAUAGCCACGUUUCUUCCUUCCCGAGGUGAACUGGAAUUUUCUGGAAGUUCUGCUCCGAGGACAUGGGGCACUUCACAUCGUUCUCAGUCAAACUGAUUUUUCUGUCCCGAGGUUACCCGUGGAAACCCGUUUGAAGGUUAUGGACGAUAAGCCUGACCCUGGAACCCUGAGUGAGAAUUCGGAAGUUCUCUUCUCCUUUGGAGUGAUAGCAGAUAUCCAAUACGCUGAUUUAGAAGAUGGCUAUAACUUCCAAGGAAACAGACGAAGAUACUACAGACACAGUCUGCUUCACUUACGGAGUGCUAUUGAACACUGGAAUAUGGAGGGCAGCCCGCCCCGCUGUGUGCUUCAGCUUGGGGAUAUCAUUGACGGGUAUAACGCACAGUACAAAGUGUCCGAAAAGUCACUCGAACUUGUUAUGAACACUUUCCAGAUGCUUAAAGUCCCCGUUCAUCACACGUGGGGGAACCACGAGUUCUAUAACUUCAGCAGAAACUACCUAACAAAUUCUAAGCUUAACACAAAGUUUCUAGAAGACCAGAUUGUGCACCAUCCCGAGACUGUGCCUUCGGAGGAUUACUAUGCUUAUCACUUUGUCCCAUUCCCUCAAUUCCGGUUCAUUUUACUGGAUGCUUACGACUUGAGCGUCUUAGGCGUGGAUCAGUCCUCUCCAAAAUACCAGCAGUGUCUGAAGAUACUGAAGGAGCACAAUCCAAAUUCGGAGUUGAAUAGUCCGCAAGGACUUUCUGAGCCCCAGUUUGUCCAGUUUAAUGGAGGAUUCAGCCAAGAGCAGCUGAACUGGUUGAAUGAAGUUCUUACGUUCUCUGACACAAACCAGGAAAAAGUGGUGAUUGUGAGCCAUCUUCCCAUUUACCCAGAGGCCUCUGACAGUGUGUGCCUGGCCUGGAAUUACAGAGAUGCCCUGGCAGUCAUUUGGUCUCACAAGUGUGUGGUGUGUUUCUUCGCUGGUCACACUCACGAUGGUGGCUACUCUGAGGAUCCUUUUGGUGUGCACCACAUCAACCUAGAAGGGGUUAUUGAAACGGCUCCGGACAGCCAGGCUUUUGGCACCGUUUAUGUCUACCCUGACAAAAUGAUGUUGAAAGGGAGAGGCCGAGUUCCAGACAGAAUUAUGAAUUAUAAGAAGGAAAACGCUUUCCAGUUUUAGUCCGAUUUAUCUUGUUUACCGUUCUAGAGAGUGGUGGUUGAGCGUUGUGUUUUUGUUUACCACCCCCCCCCCAAUCCUCAGGCUCGUUGUGUAGCAUUCUAUUUGCAUAACAAAAUGUAUUUAUGGCCCCAGUGUGCGUUAGCUCAUGAGAUACUCUGAAAUGUCAUUUUUGGAUAAUCUAUCCAGUGCUGAGGAUUGGAAACAAAAUGAAUGAAAGCAGCCUGAAUCAGCCAGGGAGGAGACAGAGGGCGGGUGGUAUAGUUCUCAAAACUGACUUCAUUUAGCCUUAUCUGACAUUUUUUUACUUUUUACAAUGAGGAUGUAUCCGUGUAUUAACUAUGUAACUUAAAAUUCGUAAUAAAAAAAUAAAAUCAGCUCAGGUAAACUUUC